AUGGGUUUUUCGUCCUCGAGUUGGUCGUGGGCAGGCCUGGGCUGCGGCCUGCUGGCUCUGGCCGUAUUGUUCCCUCCCGAUCCAGGCCUUCGCUUCAAGCCGCCUCCUUUCAAGGCCUCGACAGAAUCGGAUGGAUAUACUGUGUGGCGCAGGACCUCGGAUGGGGAUGCCUACGGUCGCCGGACAGUGUAUGUAGAGAGUGGCGGCGAGAUGCUUCACUGCUGGCUGUAUCUCCCUGCCAGUUCCAUCGCGAAGGCCCCAAUCUACGUUGUCGCUCACGGCUUCGGAGCAGUUAAGGCCGUCGCGGACGUCCGCUUCGCAGAGAAGAUUCAAGAAGGCGGAAUGGCCGUCAUCACUUUUGACUACAGGACAUGGGGCUAUUCGGGAGGGGCCCCGCGACACAUCGUCGAUCCAGACAUGCAGCUGGAGGACUUCCGUGCAGUCCUUAAACAUAUUGUUGAUACUGACGGGUUCCAGGGACUCGUUGACCCUCUGGACAUCCACAUUUUUGGGACGUCGUACGCAGGCGGGCACGUGCUGGUCCUGGCCUCUCAGCUCGCUCAAGAGCGCGAUUCCCCGCUAUUCCGCAGCCUGCGCACGGUUUCAUCAGUCGUUCCGCUUAUUGAUGGGAAGGCGCAGAUGAAGAAGGCACUUCAGCAAAGGUCUUUCUUUCGGACGCUGCGCUAUGUGGCGGCGAUUCUCGCAGACUUGCUGCGACAGGCGGCAGGCGGCCAGCUGCAGCCCAUUUACGUGCAAAUCGCCGGAUCUCGCGGUGCAACCAGCCUUUCCGCGAUGGAGCUCCAAGGCGAUGAGUUGAAGAUUUGGUCGGCGCGAUCCACGGUCGAGAUCGAAACGGGCACGUGGUCCAAUGAACUAGCGGCAAGGUCCCUCUUCAACACAUCUCGAUAUCGCCCGAUUAAUCAUCUGGCCCAUAUUCGGACCCCGACCUUACUUGUUGAAGCGGAAUUCGACGACACAUGCAUCCCCAAACUGACAGCGGACGCGCUGGAGGCUAUCAACUCGCGUGGCAGGGCAGCUUCCUCGAAACGCCCCUCGAGUGAUGCACCCCAAGAGGCCGGCUCCCUGGCUCAGCUGUAUCGCAUGCCCAUAAACCACUUUGACGUCUACCUGUCACCGCACCUUGAGAAUCUGAUAGGCACCUCGAUGACGUUCGCGAAACGGCAUAGUGUGCAUCAUAGAGGUUCAACGACAGGGGAAUCCGUCGGACGAGGCUCUGCAGCUGCAUAG